AUGUCGGAAAGGGAACAUUUCAGCCAUACAUGCCCACUAUGCCUAGAUAUGGUCGACGCCACUCAACCAACUUGCUACCGUGUGCUACCGCUGGAUGCAGAAUAUGCCGGAAUCGUCAACGAGAUGCCCCAGUGGCGUCCGAAAGUCACUUUCUCCUUGGAAAACACUUCAGUGGGGAAUUCCAUCUUCCGUCAGUUAAAUUACCCAAAUGGCAGAAGUGCUUGGUUUCUACAUACAAGAUGCCUGGACCUUGUCAGAGGAAUUGCUAUGCCCGAACUGUAUUUUCUGAUACGCUUGGUCGAAGCUACGUUUUUCUUGGAAGCAUGCGAACCUGCAAGUCAACAUGGCGCUUUCUACUCGGCCCAAGAAUUUCCGACCUCAAAGCCAAAGCGCGUGAGGUUCGUUGAAUGCACUAUACCGGUUAUCGGACAUCGGUAUCCAAGGCUGCAGUUUGAAGUCAACAAGAAAUGGGAGCCUCCGAUUGACUAUGCGCCUGGCCAAUUCGAUUCUCGCGUGAGCAUAGUAGACAACGUGGUGGGGAUUUGGUAG